UGAAAUUGAUGAAUAAAAUAGUGAUGAACCUGUAUAUUUUCAACCACAAACCGGUUGUAUUUAUAGUUUACAGGGCUCAAAGGAGCGAUUAGGUUACUAAAAAGCUAUAAAAAAAACCUUACGUUACGGUAUAUUUACAUAUGUUUACGUAGUUUGCACGGCUAUGAGUGGUUAAUGAAUUAAACAUAGGGGAAAAUUUACAUCUAAUACAACAAUUCAUUGCUUACAAUAUUUUAUACCUUUAAUAUUAUUAUAACUUUGCAAAUAUUUUGACUAUUUUUUUACUGAAAAAAUGGGUGUAAGCGAGAUAAAACAAUAUAUCUCUUGAUUUGACACUAUCUCGCCGUGUAUCUCACGCACACACAUAAAAAACUACGAUUGAGACGCGCCGUGACAAAUGUCAAAUUGAUUUUUUUUUUUUAUUUAUUACGAGCAUUGGCAACUAGGCCAUCAGCUCAAGCAUGAAAUACAAAAGUAACAUAAGUACUUAUAACUAAUUCACAUAAAAAUGAGACACGAAUCUAAUAGUUACAUGAGAUAUUUACAAUAUUUACAAACUACCUAUAGUAUGAGUAACAAAUUGAUAGAUUACAGGAUAUGUCAAAUUGACCUAUAUCGGAUUUUUUUAAAAGGGAAGUAUACCACGUCCAUAAAGAAAGAGAAACCGUUUUUCCACUUCUAAUUAUUUAGAAACUAAACAUUACUGCAUUUCAUACACCAAUACAUGUACCAUCGCCCACACUGUUAACUGUUCAUCGAUGGACCUUAUUACAAGCGGCUUAAGGUCCACCGAUGGAUAGUUAAGAGUGUUGCUGUUGUACGGACAAGUACGAACGAAAUGCACGAUGUUCUAAUGACAUCAAUUGGAUAUCAGUGUGAUAUCAGUGUACGUUCGAAUCGGCCUGUAAAUGUUAAAAACCUGCUAGUUGGCCAGUUUUCCACCGACAGUUACGCGAGGCACUUCAAAUCUUUUGUUUUCAUCUAAGUUCCUGGCUGUACGCACCCUCUUAAGAGGAAAAAAAUGCUUUGUCAUCCUAGCGAAAUUUUAACGGUAUUGUUUCUAUGAUAUUCUAUUUCGGUUUCCACUAACUAAAUCUUAACAAAUCACUUUGAUUUUGAUGUCGAUGGGUUCAGCAUAGGUAAUAUAAUAUAUACCUAUUCUAAGUUUCGCUUUAAAAAAAAUCUACAGCAAAUUUUGAAAAAGCAGGAAAACCUAUAAACCUAUUUGUUCAUUGUGUCAAACAUACAAAAAAAUCAUGGAGAAUGAAAAGUAUUUAGAAGUGGAAAAUGUUUUUGAAGUGAAAACUUCUUUAGCGGCGCUGUGCACUUUUUGUGAUGGGGAAAAAAUGUUAAACACGUCAGGUCACGUGACCGUCAGAUUGAAAAUUCGUAAGACGGACACGUGACAUCAUGGUGACGUGCAAAUUGAAUGUCAUCGAAGCCUGGUUAUUUUUGAAAAAUCGUAUCACAUUCAAGUGUGACAUUUUAUUUUCUUCAUAAUCAAAGUGCUGUUAUAACGGUUAAAGAAGUUUAAUAUUUGAUAAUUGUGUUGUAUUGUAUCUUUGUGUUGUUGGGUGUCCAUGAUUGUAGAUACUCGAAUUUUUCCUUACCAAAAAGUUAAAUAACAGAUAAGAAGCGUGAUUGUUUUAGUUAUGAUGGUGAACAAUUAAUUAUCAUUUACUGAUUGUGUAGGCUGUAGUCCUGCUCAGUGCUCACGUCUCAUGAAUUACUCUGUAUAUGUUAUAUAUUAACACCAAAAUUCGCAUUUCCAAAUAUCUUCCACACUCAAAUUUAUUUACGUGGGUAUAAUAGAGAAUUAUCUCUUUUUAUAAAACUGCUACUUAAUUUCCGCAAAAUAUCAAAAAUGCACAACGUUAAUAUUCAAAUUUUCACUACUGCCGGCACUCCCGGAGUGCAACCCGAUUUUUUUUGUAUGGACGAUCAUCUGGUACACUUCCCUCUUAACACUUAUGUAAUUCUAUCUUAUUUCUUUCUCUUUUGUUCUCCUCGUUCAAUGUUUGAACUCAGUCUCACUGUCAAGCAACAUAUUUACUUAUAAGCAUAGUAGGUAUUCAUUUUGUAAUUUCACACGUCAUGUAUUUAACGCAGUUGGUGGAAACUUGUAAUUGGCUUACUAUUUCUAUUUUGCAGGCAAUUUUGUUGACGACCGGUCUGGCCUAAUGGGCAGUGACCCUGCCUAUGAAGCCGAGGGUCCUGAGUUCGAAUCCUGGUAAGGGCAUCUAUUUGUGCGAUGAGCACAGAUAUUUGUUCCUGAGAGUAUACAUAUAUAUCGUUGUCUGAGUACCCACAACACAAGCCUUCUUGGCUUACCGUGGGACUUAGCCAAUUUGUGUAAGAAUGCCCUAUAAUAUAAUAUUACAUAUAUUAUUACAUAUAUAUUAUAAUUUUUUUUUCCCAGCUGUAAGUUUUCCUAAGAAAAAAAAAGUGGCUGUGACAUAAUCGGACAGACAGACGGACAUGACGAAUCUAUAAGGGUUCCGUUUUUUGCCAUUUGGCUACGGAACCCUAAAAACAGAAUUUUAAAGUCCAGCAAAUUCGCCCGCAGGGCCUUAGCAUGCGUAAACCCUAUAAAAAGUGUUGAAACACAUUUCUCCAUAAAACUGCAUCUGAAGCACGCUCCGCCGGCCGUGACCAAUGCAACAUGGCGGACCCCCGAAUAUCUAAGUUUAGAAAGUCGUUAACUGCCGAGGUACACGCAUAUUUAAGUAUAGUCGGGCUAAAAAAUGUUCUGCAUAGUUAUUUUUGGACCUUGUUAUUUUGAAAUCAAAUGUACAGUCAGACCAAGUUAAUUUUGUAACCGAUAUAAUUUGGUACUUUCAACGUAUUUAGAACUGAUUUGUGCGGCGUCGCCUGCAGAAGAGGCGUCUCGAACCCCGCUCUAGGUCGAUCCUGGCGCGGAGGUUGUCCAUCGCGGUUCAACGCGGAAACGCAGCAAGCGUGGUGGACACCUUUGCGUUGGGAGCGAUGCGGGGUGGGUUGUUCGAAUAGUUUAUAUGGGUUGGUUUUAUUAAUAUUUUUUUAAAUUUUAAUGCUUGUUUUUUUGGUUAUUAUUUCUUGUUUUUUUUUGUGUACCUGUACCUAUAAUUUGUGUAUAACAAAUUAUAGGUAUUUUUUUUAACUUCCAACAUAAACUUUAAACUUCUAUAAAAACAAUAUUACGCAGCGGCUUACUUGAGCGAAUAACUCGCGAUGCGACGCGGCGCGGCGCGGCGGCCCAACGGCAUUCGCGUUCACGAGAUCGCCCACAUAGGAUAGGACACUUCCAUAGGUGUCAAAGGAUUGAUUUCACCCGCGCCGCGCCGCUUCGCGUUCGCGAGUUAUUCGCUCACGUAAACCGCUGCGUUAAUCGCCAACGCUCGGGAGACGCUAGUGUGGGGUGGCCCUUCUUCCGUACCAAGUUUCGUGCGGCGCCGUAUCUUCUGUCCACUGCUUUAAGAGGGAAGAAUAGCUCUUAGAAUCUAACGAAAUAACGGUCAUUUUCCCUUUUUGCUAUUUUUAUUUUAUUAUUAUUAUUAUAUUUAUUUCAGAUCAAGGAUCCAUAUUUUAUUAGUAAUGUACUUAAAAACAUAAACUAUGAAAUUCCAUAUCGGGAGAAAACGGUUUCCAGUAACUAAAUCUUAACAAAUGAAGGAUUUUGAUGUCGAUCGCUUCAGCAUAAUAAUAUUCUACGUUUAUAGGUCUCGCUUUUUAGAAUUUUUUUUUUUUUUUUGCAAAUUAUGAAAAAAUGAAAACCUAUAAACCUAGUUUUUUAUUAAGUGUCAAUAACAUACUAAAAAAGUAUGGCAAUUUAGUAAUCUAAAUUGUAUUUUUUUUCUUAUUUGAGUAAUGCAUGUUAACUAUAAGAUGUAAUGUUUUGAAAAGUUGUGUCCCACCGAGUUUCUUGCAGGUCCAUAUUGGGAUACCCUCCUCCAAUUGAGGGGGGAUUUAAAUCUUCUCGGGUCAGAGGUGUAGGGUUAGAGCCGUGUAGCUUUAUUUGACGUUCAUAAGCGUAUUAUACGAGGGUCAUGCCAAAAGAAGUUAGAUACUCUAUGGUCAUUUGAUCGAUACUGGCCAGUUAUACACCAUUGUAAAGGUAGGUUAUUUGCUAAUAAAUUCAAAUAUGGAACACUCGGAAAAUGUUAGGAUUCCUUUUUUAAUUAUUUUUUUUCUGGGUAAUUUUGGAGGGAAAUUUUCGCAACAAUGGAGCUCACUCGACGUGAUUUUCGUGUUAUGAUUUAUUAUGAUUUUAAAAAAGGUUUAAAACCUCAAGAGUGUUUUGAACUUUUAGUUUCAACUUUUGGCGAGUCUGCUUGUUCACGUGCAACUGUUUUUAAUUGGUUUGCUGAAUUUAAAAGGGGACGAGAGACCUUUGAAGAUGAGGCGAAGACCGGACGGCCGCCAACCGCAGUCACUCAAGAAAACGUACAGGCUGUGGAAAAAAAUGUUCGUGCGAACCGACGAAUUACAUAUGCAGAGCUCGAGCGUGAGCUGGGUAUUGGAUCAGCAGCAUUGCAAACUAUAAUUCAUUAUCAUCUGGCCCUUCAUAAGCGUUGUUCAAGAUGGGUGCCGCACAAACUCACCGAUUUGCAAAAAGACCGCCGCGUAGAUUGGUGCAAAUUUAUGAUAGAUAAAUUCGACGCUGGCGAGAAAAAAAAUGUAUAUGAUAUACUUACAGGUGACGAAACAUGGCUAUAUAACUACGACCCCGAAACAAAGCGGCAGUCCACAGUAUGGUGUUUUGAAGAUGAGCCGACGCCAACAAAAUGUCGCCGAACCCGAAGUACACAAAAACAAAUGAUUGCCUCAUUUUUCUGCAAGACGGGACAUAUUGCUACGAUAGUGCUAGAAGAUCAAAGGACAGUCAACUCUGAAUGGUAUGUGACAGUUUGUGCCCCCAGAGUACUGUCAGCUUGGUGUGACAAGCGGCCGAAAUCGGGAACUCAGCACCUGCUCUGGCACCAUGACAACGCUGCCCCUCACACUUCUGCUAGAACACUUGACUAUUUCAGCUCAAAAAACGUGACUAUCUUGCCCCACCCGCCAUAUUCCCCCGACCUAGCCCCUUGCGAUUUUUACUUAUUUCCCAAAAUUAAAGAAAAAUUAAAAGGAAGGCGAUUUGAGAACAAAGAAGAUGCCCUGGCUGCGUAUAAUUAUGAAAUUUCUGAGGUAUCUAAAGAAGAGUGGUCAUCGGUAUUUUCUAAGUGGUUUAGACGGAUGGAAAAGUGUAUACGUGUUCACGGUGACUACUUCGAAAAAAUAGAUAGCUGUAAUAAAGAAUAAAGUCGGUAACUUUUGAGUAUCUAAUUUCUUUUGGCAUGACCCUCGUAUAU